AUGAGUUUCUUCAAGAACUUUAAAAACAACUAUACUCCCGUCAGCCAGGACGACGGAGCGCCACUUCCCCCUCCGGCCACCCAGCCUAACAACCCCAACUCGUUGAAGACCAAACUCCAGAAGUUGAACCCGUUCCGCAACAACUCAGUCUACUUAGAGGACGAUGAGAACUACGUGACGUCAGAGCCAGGCUAUUUCGAACUUUCCAGGUGGGACCGUAUGUUGAUCUUCGCUCUCACCUUUGGAGGCUCGGUGUGCUGCUACAUGAUCUGUAUCUUCUUAUUUCCGGUGUUAGCACUCAAACCCAGGAAGUUUGCCUUCUUGUGGUCGUUAGGGUCCAUCUUCUUUUUGGUCAGUUUUGGAGUCUUGCAGGGCUUCCAGCCCUACAUGAUUCACUUGUUCCUGUCUACCAGGUUGGUCUUCACAGUAGUUUUCCUCACCAGUAUCAUCUUGACAUUGAUUGCCAGCUUGUCGUGGCACAGCACCUUGUUAUCCAUCGUGUUUGCGGCCGUGCAAUUGUUGAGUGCGAUCUGGUACACCGUCAGUUACUUUCCAAUGGGCCAACAGACAUUAAGUUUAGCAGGAAAUGUAGCUAGAAGCCAGGUCGAUGGGUGGAUAAAUAGUUGA